ACGUUCAGCGCGAUACAGGAUGAUACCCCUGGGGUGGGUGUGGUGGAGAUUGAAGGUGGUUUGCAUGUUGACAGGUACAAAGUGCAAGUGCUGCCAACGCGGCCGCGGGACGCGGAGGCCGCCGCAGGGACCGGGCACCACGAGAAGGGCUACUGGGACCCGUUCAAGGAGCGGAAGCUAGACCACGCCACCACCGAUGGCGAGACGCUCACCCAUCUCCUCAAGGCCUCCCUCGGCACCGGGAUCCUGGCCAUGCCGGCCGCCUUCAAGAACGCAGGGAUGAUCACCGGCAUCUUCGCCACCAUCAUCGUCUCUCUCGUCUGCACCCAUUGCUCAUACGUCCUGGUAAAAUGUGCACACUCGCUGUAUCAUAGGAAGAAAGUGACUACAAUGACCUUUGCAGAUGUGGGAGAGGUUGCUUUUGCGAACGGACCUCCAUGGGGCCGGAAAUUCUCCAAAUGGGCUAGAUUCUCCAUUCUCUUCGGUCUAUUCUUAGCGUACUUCGGAACAUGCAGUGUCUACACUGUUAUCAUAGCCAAAAAUUUCAAGAUUGUGAUAGAGCAUCAUUCUCACUACAAUGCAGACAUACGGUUUUACAUAGCGGUUCUGCUUGUCCCUCUCAUUCUGCUCAGUUGGAUCCCUAAUCUGAAGUACUUAGCGCCGAUUUCUAUGCUGGCCAACUUCCUCAUGGCCGGUGGUCUGGGCAUAACUUUCUGGUAUCUUGUUUGGGACUUGCCAAGUGUCUGGGAGCGCCCCCAG